UCCAAUGUAUCGUCUCAAAUAGCUUCAAGCUUUUGUAUUAUACGGUCAUACAAAAUAAUAUUCUGUUAAAAUGAAAUCUGUUAUAAUCUUAUGUGUUUUGGCCUUCGUCGGGUUAUCAUUGGCCGAGUCCUUAUAUCCACGAGGGUGUAUAUAUGCCUUAGGAAAGUGCGUCAGGGAGUGCGAGGUUGGUACCCAUGCGUACACCACCGGCUGUGGCGCACUAACUCCCGAAGCAACUUGCGAUAAUCCGAACCCAGUAGCAGAUAACAGGGCCGCUAUUUGUGAUUACUCAGCUUGUUAUUGCGAUCCCCCAACCGUGAGGGACACCACCAGCGGCAAAUGUGUGAAGCAAGAAGAUUGCCCUAAGUGAAGUUUAUUAAACUUAAUUCUGUAUUAUUGUGAUAAAAUAAAAUAAUGAUAACCUA